AUGGAAGACCUCCUGCGAGCAGCUGUUGACCAAGCUACCGAACUGACUAUCAUGGACCAAGUCCGACUCGCUACCGCUAUGACAUUGUAUAGAAUAAAGCCUAGUCAUGUGACCAUGCAAGAAUUCCUCUAUCAGUGUCGACAACACAUCCGAGUCAGACAAGCUCGAUCCAAUGCAGAGGUAAAUCUUUAUAAACCUAUUGACGAAAUCGACGAUCUGCGGAUGGUGGUGAGAAUGAUGAGGGAGGAUAUUAGAUCGAUGAAAAUGGAGAUGCGGAAGAGGAAACAUGUAGAGGUCAAGGAGCAAGAUUCUUCUCGUAUGGAUGUGGAUGAGGGAGGAUCGAUGAAGAGACAUAAGAGUAUUUGA